GGAAGGAACUAUGCUUGGUCUACCAUUGUUAGAUAUAUUUCAUUAUAUUCUCUCAUUCACUAAUAUUCUACUAACUAAAGCUUUGGUGACAGAUAGUUGGGAUCUUCCUAGGACUGCAUUUCUACCAGCAUUCUUCAAUGCAGAUCACAUGCAGCAUGCAGAGAUGUAAUAACAAAACAGCAUGUGGAAGUGUCAGAUGAUGUAUAGUAUGGAAAGAUGUAAUUAAUUAUGUCGCAUGCAAUUAUAAUUUUCAAUAAUAAACUCUGUUUUUAUGCGCAAA